AUGUGUCACGACUCGACGCGCAUCGAGCUAGAGGCGGAGGAAGCAGGCCUGUCCCGUCCGCAUGCGACCAAGUGCGCGCGACGCGGCGGCCUGUCCAUGUCCCAGGGCCGUAGAUGGCGAGAUACUUCUAAGCGCCGGCGGGUACGAAUCUCCCGUCCAUGGAGCUCCUCCAGCGCCUGGUGGAUGGCCCUGGUGUGCUUGGUACUGUCAUGGCCCUCGCCGGCCGCAGCUGCAUUGUUGACUUUUGAUAACUGCUUGAGCGAAACGAUUCUGGACUCCAACCCGCCUCAGUUGCAAUACAUCCCGCUCAACGUGUCCGUGCAUUUCAAUUUCACCGACCCCUUACACCCGUUGAACAUCACGGUCUACGGCAAUGUGUCAGGCACGGCCGACGGCUCAACGGCUCCUUCGUGGACGGAUUCGUCCUGGAGUAAUUCAAGCUCGACCGUGGGGAAGAUUGUCGAUCUGAGCACCUCGAAUAACAGGUACAGCACGCUGCUUCCCACCUUUGACGUACUGAGCUUCACGGCUUGGAAUAAUGCGUCGCGGUUCUGCGAAUCGGUUACGCAGGGCGAGUGUCCGCUGGGUCCAGUCUUCACCUACAAUCUGAGUGAUUUGAGCACCCUGCGGGCUUUCUCCGUUGAACAUGACAUGCUCUCCACGUACCGUUUCUCUACGAUCAACCCAACGUUCAUUAUUCGAUCCGGCGACGCGUCGGCGGCAGAGCUGGGUUGUAUCACGGUUUCGAUCACGCCCGACUUUGGCACCUCCCUUAAGAAUGCCCUCGCCUAUGUGCCCCUGGUGAUCUUGCUGUUGGUGGGCAUUGCCACCGUGGCAGCGGCGAUGUAUAGCCCAUGGGGGACAACGGAUAUCUUCCGAUGGACAAGCAAUUACGGCCGCGAUGAGGAUGUGCUCCGACUGGUGACGCCUGGCUUUGCGGAUUGUCUGCAGUACCUGCAAUACGUCGUCCUGACCGGUUCUCUGUCGCUAGACUACCCCGGAUUCUUCCAGCCUGCUGUCAGCUACGGGUCCUGGUCGGUCCUGAUGUUUAAUCAGAGCUUCGUCCAUCCCGAUGGCGGCAACACUCCCGUUGUGGACGGAGUAUAUGCAAUCGAUGGGACGUAUGGCCUAGACCGAAUGAACCAACUUGUCGGUAUGGCAUCUACCAAAGAUAUCUGGCCCGGCAUGAUGGUCUGGGCGGUGGUCAUUUUGGUGGCCAUGACUGUCAUCUGCCAGAUCGGGUUCGGACUGCGUUGGCUCCAUCGCGAACUCGCACACAGUACAGAGCAGGACCUGCGUGCUAAGAACAUGCCAUUCACCGUUGGCAACAUCAUCCGUAUCGUCUUCAACUACCUUCUCCUUCCUAUAAUCUCCCUCUCCUUCUUCCAACUCGUCAUUGCCAGAGGCUCUCCUGCGUAUAGCGUUGCGCUCGCAGCCGUGGUCAUCAUCAUCGUCAUCUGCUUCUCCAUUUGGCUGGUUCGCGUUAUCGUGUCCACCAGACCGAAAUCUCACCUCUUCGACGAUCUCCCUACCGUACUAUUGUAUGGACCACUUUAUAACACCUACUGCGACGAUGCCGCUGCCUUUGCCAUGAUCCCCAUCUUUCUCAACUUUGCUCGCGGCGUUGGAAUUGGAGCGCUGCAGCCAUCCGGCAUUGCCCAGGUUGUCCUGCUUGCCAUUUGCGAGGUCGUUUCCGUGCUGACCCUGAUCGCCUUCCGACCUUUCCCUUCCCCGACUCAUAUGAACUUUUACCAUGGUAUCUUCUCUUGUGUCCGAUUCCUGACUAUCAUUAUGAGCGUGGUCUUCGUUCCCUCUCUCACUGUGUCUUCCGCUGCGCGGGGUUGGAUUGGCUACGUUAUUCUCGUUCUUCACGCAUUGGUUCUCAUUUUUGGUUUCUUCCUUAAUGCAUUGCAAACGUUGAUCGAAGUUUUGGCACGACUCGCUGGUGCUGGUGGCGCCACCCGUGGUGGUUUGGUCAAGGUCUUUGGUAUGCGGCAACUGUCACGGCGUGUGCCGCGCCAGGAUCUCGCUCGGCAGAGUUUGGGCUCUGAGGCAGCGAUGCUGGCGCAUGCUGAUGACAGGAUGUCCUCUCAGUUUGGAGACUCACGGCCACGCAGCUUGUCCGGGAGCUCCGCUCUCCUACUAAACCGUGCGACAGCUAGCGAGGGACGUGCCAGCGCCGUCCUUGAUUACGCUAGUUCUCAGGGCGGUGGCUCGCACAGCCGUGCCCCGAGUGGUAAUUUGUAUGCGCAUUCUCCUACUGCGUAUACCGGGGCCGGUGGGUAUUCUAGUGGAUCACCGAAUAGUAGCACGUUCAUUGCAGCGCAUCCACGUGAUCCGUACUAUCGACCGCCUCGCCCAGGAAGGAGAACGCCCCAGGGCUCCUUUGAUCGGAGCAAGAGGAGCUCGAGAUCAUUCUUGAAAAGUCGUGGGCGCGAUGAAGAGGAAAUUGGCGAGGGACCCCCUAUGUCUGGUCGUGGCACGCCCGUGCCUGCAUACCUGCCCGCACCUAAGGAUGAUAUGGAGAUGGAGGACACUGAGCAAAGAAAGGACUAUGCAGUUCGUGAAGUCGAUUUCUACUACCGUGUGCGUGGACCUCCACUCUCGCAUACCGGUACUCGAAAAUUGAAGACUGGACCGGCCGAUCCCACGGGACCCGUUUCAUCUGCUACUGGCUGGUUCCGUAACUUGUUCCAGGGCAAGACCAAGGACAAGGGUAAAGGGUUUGAGGUUGUUCGAAGUGCUCGGGCACCACCUCCAGGCCUUUUCCCGGUCAGCGAUUAUAAUGAGCCCUACCACGAUGAUCCGCAGGCGGAAGAUGCUGCGGCCGGUGGCCACUCUCGGAAUGUCUCUGCGAGUGAAGCUCCCUAUCGUGACUCUGAGGGUGAGCAGGGUGGUGACCAUAGUAGUGAGCAUGGUGAGCAAGAACCCAAGGAGUCUGGUGAAGCCUCGGGGCCUCCGGUUCUACCAAAGCUGGAUACAAUUGGCGGCAUCGAGAUGCCAAGUCGUGUCGGGUCUCGUCGUACACAGGCAGCAUCUGAACACGGCGCAGAGGAGGUCUUUUCGGGCCUACCCGCUGUAACCGAGGCAUCCUCUCCGCAAUCAAAAAUUACGCAGUCUCAGUCAGAUCACCACCUCCAACCCCAGUCAUCUCCCGCCACCGCACGCCUCCCAUUCAGCGGCAGCAGCUCAACAUCCCGUGAGCGAGGACUGUCCGUCGCAUCAACUUCCGGCUCCCUGACUUCUAGCCACAAGACCGGCCGCGAGGGUAGUCGAUCAGAGCGACCCUCGAGCAUGGGCUAUGUCGCGCAGCACCGCACUCGCGAUAACAUCCACGAAGCUAGUCCCGACGAGCCCUCCUUCGCGGGGAGCGCAGCAGAACUCGUUGUCGAACACAUUUCCAACGAGCACUAA